UUAGAGUUUUAGACAUAUGCACAAAGAUUGUGCAUUGCGGACAAAAACACGUCUCGAUUUAGUCUUAAACAUUUCACUCUUUUGCCUUCGAGAAAUAUUCCAUUUUAUUAUUGUUUGUUGUUAUAACGCCGUUUUUGGCUUGUUGCUUGUUUUCCCAUACAUCAAAGAGGAGAAUUUCUUGCUCUGUCUGACAAAUGGUGAAGGAAAUGAAGUCCGAUUCAAGCCUUUUUCCCUUCACCAAACACCAUCACCAUUGUCAUCCUGUCUUUAUAAAGUUUGCCAUUUCAUUUCUUUUACUGGGCCUUGCUUUUCGUCUUUUAAUCUCUGAUUCAAUCAGAUUUUCUUCUUCACCAAUUCAAGAAGACACCAUUGAGAUUGAGUCUCCGCCCGUUUAUUAUAAGUCUUUGCCAGUCCAAGACUCCCCUAUUAGUCACUCCAAUGAAAGCCAAACUCCAGUUUCCAUUGAUUUUGCAGCUAAUGAAACCCAAACCCAGCAGACUACUGUUGUUGGAGAUCAAUGUGACUUGUUUACUGGAAAUUGGGUACCUGAUCCUGCUGGUCCAUUCUAUACUAAUCAGAGUUGCCUAGCAAUUGAAGGUCAUCAGAACUGCAUGAAAAAUGGAAGGUCUGAUUCUGGAUACCUCUACUGGAGGUGGAACCCACAGGGUUGUGAUCUACCCAGGUUCAAUCCAAAGAAAUUUCUUGAUCUAAUGAAGAACAAAUCUUGGGCUUUCAUUGGUGAUUCCAUUUCUCGUAAUCAUGUGCAAUCCUUACUCUGCAUUCUCUCUCAGGUAGAACAAGCCAUUGAGGUGUAUCACGAUGAGGAAUAUAGAUCGAAAAUAUGGCACUUUCCAGCUCACAACUUCACCCUCUCAGUCAUAUGGACCCCAUUCCUCAUCCAAGCAGAUAUUUUUGAAGACAUGAAUGGAGUUUCAUCCUCAGAAAUCCAGCUACAUCUAGAUGAACUUGAUAGUAAAUGGAGUAAGCAGUACAAAAACUUCGAUUAUGCAGUUAUUGCUGGUGGCAAAUGGUUUCUCAAAACUGCAAUAUACCACGAGAACAGCACCAUUACUGGCUGCCAUUACUGUCCUGGAAAGAACUUAACAGAGCUAGGAUUUGACUAUGCAUAUCGAAAAGCAUUGCGGUUGAUCUUUGAUUUCAUGGCAAACUCCGAUCACGGAGCUACAGUUUUCUUUAGGACCACCACCCCAGACCACUUCGAGAAUGGAGAAUGGUUUAGUGGAGGCACUUGCAAUAGAACAGUACCCUUCAAAGAGGGUGAAGUUGAUAUGAGAGAUGUAGACACUGCAAUGCGGAAUAUUGAAUUGGAAGAGUUUGAGAGGGCUGCCAUAUUAGGAGCUAAAACAGGGGCAAUUUUCAAACUGCUUGAUACCACUCGGCUAUCAUUGCUGCGGCCGGAUGGGCAUCCUGGACCAUACAGGCAGUUUCACCCGUUCUCAAAGGAUAAGAAUGCUAAAGUUCAGAAUGACUGUUUACAUUGGUGCUUGCCAGGACCAAUAGACGCUUGGAAUGAUUUGGUGAUGGAGAUGUUACCCAAGAGCAGAUAACAUUAGUGACAUAAUUUCAUUACUCUUUGGUUUCAUGAUUAAUAAGAUGCAGAUGAUGUGAACCAAGAGGCAAUUAAUAUUUUUGGAAGAACCAACAUAAUUAUGUUCAUUGAUUUGCCAUUGUAAAGAGAGAGAUAAGAUUCUUUGGAACCAUGUUAUUAAGCUAUACCUAAUUGUGUUAUACAUACACCCUCUUGCUCAUCCCCCGGA